GUCGCAGCUGCCGUUAUUUAUUUCCCUCUCACCAUUGCCGAGCGUGAGCUGGUGAUCUCAAUGAACUGAGUGGGGCUUUCUUUAGUGAAGGAGGGAGGUGGUGGGGGGAAGAGAGUGCACACAGAACCCUGAUAAUCUGGCAGGCAGCGGGUGAAGAAAGCGCCGGGUUGUGCCUGGCUCCGCUUGCCUCUCCUGUGUGCUCGGCCGUGUAGUCGGCUGGAUGUCCGCGUUACGCUGAAGGCAGCCCGCGGUGUGUGGGCCGGGCCGGACCGGACCGGGACUCAGUGCACGGAAUUAAGCGGAACGGAGAAGCGCCUGAUCCAGAGCUCUGGCGCCGAUAGCAGCUCAUACUCCCGGGUUUGCGAUGAGCCGGCAGUCGGCAUCGACCUAGGUUUGAUAACCUACACACAGUUUGAGUUUCAUUUCCGCACUUGUUCGCCUUGAAGAUGCAGACCUGGCUUAAAGGCAAGCGGGUCGGAUACUGGCUGAGCGAGAAGAAGAUCAAAAAGCUGAAUUUCCAGGCCUUCGCAGACCUUUGCAGGAAAAGAGGCAUAGACGUUGUGCAGCUUGACUUGGAGAAACCACUCGAGGAACAGGGGCCACUUGAUGUUAUCAUUCACAAACUGACGGAUGUCAUUCUGGAGGCCGAUCAAAAUGAUGCACAGUCCCAGGCGCUGGUGCAGAGGUUUCAGGAUUAUAUUGAUUCGCACCCGGAGACCAUCAUUCUGGACCCACUCCCUGCAAUCAGGACCCUCCUGGAUAGAUGUAGGUCCUAUGAGCUGAUUCGCAGGCUUGAAGGCUGCAUGCAAGAUGACCGCAUUUGCUCGCCUCCAUUUAUGGAACUCGCCAGUCAGUGUGGUGAAGACACGAUGGCAGAGCUGAAGAAACACAAGCUGACAUUCCCAUUCAUUUGCAAAACCAGAGUGGCACACGGCACCAACUCUCACGAGAUGGCGAUCAUUUUCAGUGAAGACGGCUUGAAAGACGUGAAGCCCCAGUGUGUGAUCCAGAGCUUUAUCAACCACAAUGCGGUUCUCUACAAAGUAUUUGUGGUCGGAGAGUCGUAUACAGUGGUGGAACGGCCAUCACUCAAGAACUUUUCCACUGGUGUUUCAAGUCAGUCACGGGGUGGACCCGAUAGAAAAACAAUAUUCUUCAACAGCCACAAUGUGUCAAAACCAGAAUCGUCAUCUGAUUUAACAGCGCUGGAUGUGGUGGAAGGAGUCUGCAGGCCACCGAGCGAUGAAGUCAUCCGGAAAAUCUCCAGGAAUCUGCGUGAAGCACUUGGGAUUUCCCUGUUUGGCAUUGACGUGAUUAUCAAUAACCAGACUGGCCAACACGCUGUCAUUGACAUCAAUGCGUUCCCAGGAUAUGAAGGUGUGCCGGAGUUCUUCACAGAGCUGAUAAACCACAUUCAAGUUGUCCUGCAAGAUCAAAAUCCGGAGUCUCCUCAGUUCAGCCAGAACAACACUGCUCCCGAGCAGGCCGCAAGCAUUUGUGGGGACCGAGCCUGUCCUGCCGCCUCGGGCUUUGUGACCAUGGCGACCAAGGAGACGUGGCUUAUGGAAGACGACCCGAGCAACAGCAAGAGGUUGCAGCACCAGCGGCUAAGUUGCAACUCAGCUCUGCCGCCCAACUUUCAGAACUGCGUCGCUCCCAUGGCAACUAAAGCUUCUUCGCAAUAAAUACAGACUAAAACCGAGAGAGAGAGUGAGGAAAAAAAAAUCAUUAAUGGGGAUCAACAUGAUUCAGUUUCUUAAAUCAAUAGACCAAUUUAUGUUGUGUUUGAAUGAGUUCACAGACUGGUACAGAAACUGGAGCACAGUGUCGAAAGGUUUCUUGACGAGCAGUUUGUAGACUCUUUGAUAAAGUGUGGACACUCAGUCUAGUUCUUGUCAGGCAUUGAUAAUAGCAAAAAUCGCGUAGAUAGGGUUUCACCAUUCUCAUCAGGAAUCCGUUAUAAUUGGCUAAUUUGGUUCAUCAGAAAUCCUUCCCCUUCCAUCCCUCCUAUUCGGGCAUUUAAUUUCCCCCUCUCAUGGCAAACCGCUCCUGUCAGUGCAAAAGGACCUCUUUUUAAAACCGUUACAUAGUUUUGCUCUCAGGAGCUGCAAGCUAUUGUAAGAGUUCUGUGUAGUCGGCUAAACUCCAGUGGGACUUGUUCUGUCAAUUUGUAAGAAUCGUGUUGGGGUUUGGGACGGGACAUUCGGGAGGCUCUAUCUGACAAGCCAAUACAAAUUCUGCACUUAAAUAAAUUUGCAAAAGAUAAAGUUGAGGCGAUUGUUGAAAUAUGAUGAGGUGGGAUGGGUCCAAAUAAUAGCACAGUUGCUUGUGAGCUAAAUGACUUCUGAAAAUACACAGGAUGGAAUCCAAGAACACAGAUAUGAUGAUAUAAUAUCUUUUGUGGUCUAAUUAUUGUUACAUUUAAUAAUUGUUAGCAAUGUACUUCCAUGUGUCUCUUGGUUUGAAAGAAAGGUGUGUACAAAACUGCAAAUAGCUGCAAUGCCUCAUUUGUUUUCCACCGUGUCCAUAGAUCGUGGUGUCAUUACUUUUCUGAUAAUCCCCUUUCGAAGAAGGAAAAAGAAGAGUGACUUUGAGGAAUGUUUGGGAUGUUUUGGCUCAUAUACCAGGCCUGCCGUUUGCAAGCUGUGGAUUGCUGGGGUCUCAAAGUUCUUUCCCAUGAUGAGAAGGUUUUGGCAUUUUGGAGUUUCAGAGACAGUCUGCAGUGAAUCUGUGUUUGGAUGAGUUUAGAAAGUAAUGGCAAAAGAAAGUGCCAGAAGUGCUCAGAUAAACACUUGAUAAGUUAAAGUUAGAGGGGAGAAGUUAAUCUCUUGAAACCAAAGGUAAGUGGGCAUUUGUAUUUCACAAUUCCACGAUCUCUUACAUCCACUGCUCCUGGAGGCACCUUGUUUUACACAAAACUAAAACCUAUAUUUUUCUGACUCAAAUCCAAAGUCAUUAUGUAUGAAGAUACAUGGAGAUUCAAGGCUAAAUGGACAAUGCAUCCAAAUAAAAUCUGCAUCAUUUUUUGGUUUAAUAGUCACUCCAGUCACUUGAUUUAUUUACAAAAGCAUUUCUGAGAAGAUUUUAUUGAGAUUAUUCUAAAUAGCUAUGCCUUUACACUGGCCUAACCUUGCAGCUUUUAAAUGUAACCCAGGCUAGGGAAUUAUUUGGAUGUGUUCCUCCUCCCCAUGGAAACCAGGGCCAAAUAUGUUUACAGCACAUUGUCUAGUGCACUAAAUAUUAGACAACCACUUUGGCAUGUUAGCACAUUUCCUCUCUUGCCUCGUUGGAUGAGACUAGUGUGAGGCGGUGGAGGGACUGCCAUUUAACACUGGUUCAUUCUUCAAUAUCACUACUGAAAGGUUCAUUUAGCAGUUUUAAAUCAUGAGAAGUUAGAACUUUUAAUUUUGUUUGCUAUUGAAUUAGAGCUUCACAACUUUCAUGUCCAUGUGCAAUAUUACCAGGAGGUGGCACUUUUCGUUAACGUUGAUGGUUCCUGAGUGGAUGGGUACGGGGCACCUGCAGUUUAGAGUCAUGUGGAGAAUUUAACGUUUGAUCUCCCACGUUCCUGCUUGUGGAAAUUCGGAACAGACACAUCUCCCUCAAAUUUACCAGAAGACAUUUGAGGGGGUGGAGGGAUGGGAGGUGAGGGGUGGAUUUGGGUUGGGGUGGGGGAGUUGUACUCUGGACCUUAACAUGCACUAUUUAGUAGUCAUAUAUAACACAGGAAUAGAUGCUCUGGCAUACAAUGUGCAGGCUGAACACAAUGCCAUGCUAAUCUCCUCUACCUGCACCGAAGAUGGACACAAAAUGCUGGAGUAACUCGGCGGUCCAGGCAGCGUCUCUGCGGAGAAGGAAUGCAUGAGGUUUCGGGUCAACAUUCUUCUUCAGACUGAGAGUCGGGGAGAGGGAGUCUAGAGAUAUGAAAGUGUAAGGUGUGAAAACGACGGAUCAAAGCAGCCGAUGAUCAAGGGAAGUGUAGAAUGGUUCAUUGUUAGCUGAGGGGAAGGUGACAUAGAGGCAUACAAUCAAGAAAAUUAAUCAGGAGGACAGUGAAACUAGUUGGAAAACUGGGGUGGGGGAGGGACGGAGAGGGAGGGAAAGCAUAUGUUAUUUGAAGUUAUCUGCACAUGAUCUAGACAAACUUAAUGGCAAUAUUAGAUAACGAUUAUUU